AUGUUCCAGACAGCUUUAAAUACAUUAGGAAAUAUAUUGUACAUGGAUUCAAAUGUACGCUUAAAUUCUUCAGAUAUCGUAAAAUGUCUUUCUCCAAAAUCUGGAAUCUUGACUUGGCCUACAAGGCAUGCAAUUAGCUCCUUGACGCAUCCAAAAAUGUAUGAAUAUUUUCAUGUUUCUGCAGAAAGUUUCUUCUUUCUUCCUCUAAUUAGAGCAUCACACAUAGUAAUUAGGAAUACAAAAGAAAUUAGAGAGAAAGUGAUGUUACCAUGGGUUCAAUGCGCGUUAACAAGAGAUUGUAUUUGUCCCAUUGGAGCUCAAUCAGCGGGUUGUCGAUUUAAUAAGAAACCGCAAUACCGGUAUUCCGGUUGCCACGCGUAUGACGCUUCUGCACUGAAUAUCGUACUUGGCUUGCACUUCAAUUUCGACGAUACGUGUUACAUACACCAAGAACGUGAAACGUAUUUCAAUCAAAUACAACCAGAGGAGAUUACCGAGGAGUAUCUUAUGAUCACGCGACAAAACAAUGCGACUGAGUCGAAUUUAAGAAAUAUCAUAUCAACAGAACGCUAAUUUUUUUCGAAGAUUUUGAAUCAUUUUAAAAAGAGAAUUAAGUGAUACAUCGAUGAAGCACAAGUUAAUAUAUAAGGAUAUGUACUAAGUUAAGAAACGAAUAAAGACUUUAGUGAAUAAUUA